AUGGAUGCGCCUGGCGCGACAUCGCCGGACGAAAGUGCUGUGGGACGGACCCCUACCGACACUCUACGAAGCGGAUCAUCUACACACACAACCCAAGGGACACGGGAUCAAAGCUCUCGGCAGAGCCAUAGCUCGAGCAGCGAUGGCGACGAAGAUGAUGAGGAAGUUGAUGAUGAUGAAGAAGAAGAUUCCGACGAGGAAGAGGAGCCUCGCCUCAAAUAUGCAUACCUCACGAAGCACUUGGGCUCAGUCUAUCGCAAUGGGGAUGCCACAAGCUCUUUCCUAGUCGCGGGGGACAAAAUGAUCGUGGGAACGCAUAACGGAAACGUCCAUGUACUGUCCUUGCCACUUCUGAAGUCUCUCCGUGUCUAUCAUGCACAUUCAGCAAGUGUCACAUCUAUCUCCAUAUCGCCGUUUCCACCUCCACUCCCGAACUUCAAACCAGACACACUCGGUAAACAGACCACAGAUGACCCCCGGCCGUCUACGCGGUCAUCUACCACAACGGGCAGUAUCCGUGGGCAAGGAAGACCGCCAAACCCUCCUUCAAUACCUUCAAUACCGUCCAACUCGAUCUACAUCGGAACAUCUUCAAUUGAUGGUAAUGUGUGCAUCUCCUCGUUAGUAGAUCCCAAGGAUGUCAUGCUGCGCAAUUUUGGCCGUCCAGUGCAGUCUGUUGCUUUGUCACCGGACUACAAAAAUGAUCGGAGCUUUUUAUCAGGUGGGCGGGCCGGUGAAUUGAUAUUGACCACUGGUGGCCGUGUUGGGGCGACGUCCAAUUCCACAACUAUGGGCGGUGCAGCUGCAACUGCGUCAAGCUGGCUUGGGUCUAUGGGUCUGGCAUCUAAUAGUGGGAAGGACACGAUCAUACACAGUGGCGAAGGGGCUAUUAGCACCAUUAGAUGGUCUUUGUCAGGGCAAUACGUAGCCUGGGUCAACGAAGAGGGCAUCAAGAUCAUGCGGUCCAACUUGCAUCUAGACUCCUCAGAGACUGAGUUUGCAUGGAAAAGAAUCAGCCACAUCGAUCGCCCAAAUCGACCCGGUUGGGAUGAAAUGUCCAGUGUCUGGAAGGCCCGCGCAGAGUGGAUCGACCAGUCUUCCUUGGACAAUCAUGACAAUCUUAAUCCCGAAGAUGGCACUGAAAGCCCCGGGACUAAACCCACCUUGCCCAAUGAAAAAGUGGAAAAGCUUGUCGUGGGCUGGGGAGGAACCGUCUGGGUCAUUGAUGUCUACCCUGAAAGGGCAAGCAAAUCCUCCAAGGGCGAAAGACUUGGAUCCGCGGAGGUUGUCACCAUGCAAAUUGCGAACUGA